AUGCGCCUAAAACGCCGACGUACAGAAGCAGAUUUAAGUGAAAGAUGUUCUCACGUUCCGUUGCUGUUGGCACAACUACAACAACGUGCUAAACUUUUAGAAUUGGCAUGUCCGUUAAUUGAUGAUUUGUUGCCGUCUGGGUUAACUGCUGCAGCUUUUAAUAGUCGUGAUCCAGUCUCUCAACGUUUAUCAGACGAUUCACCUUCAAUUUAUUCAACUUCACUUCCAACACAAACCACAACACCAAAUACAGCUAAUAUACCCUCAAUCCUUCAAUCACCGCCUUCUUCAUUAAUGCUUAACUUUCCACAAACAAAUAAUAAUAAUAAUGUUGAUUCUUCAAUGCAACAAAUAAAUUUGCAUGGAAUAGCAGCUUUAUUUAUGUUACAACAUGCUGCAACUACACACCAAUUUGUUACGGCUGCCGCAGCUGCUGCAGCAAACAACAACAACACUCAACAACAAAACAACAACAAUCUAAAUUUUAAUAAUUCACAACAACAACCUAACCACCAUCAUUUUUUGUCUCAAGCAAUUCGACAUAAUAAUUUUAUUAGACAACAGCAACAACAAAUUGGAGGAGGAGGAAAUCAAUUUCCAAUGCGGGCAUUAGAAGAAUUAAGCCGCGCUCGAGAACAACAAGCAAGAAAGGUACCUAAUGCUGCUCAAAGAAGUGCUGCUGCUGCUCUUGAAACUACACAUCAAUCGCCUCCAAUGAAGACUUGUGCCUCAUGCCAAGACCAAAUCCAUCGAAAUGCUCCAGUCUGUCCCAACUGUAAAUGCAAAAGUAGAUCAAAAAACCCAAAGAAACCACGAAAAAAGCUGGCAGAACGUUAAGAAAAUAAAUUUAAAAUUUUGAAGAAAAAGCCAAAGAAAUAUAAAAUUUAAAAAAAGGUUAAAAUUAAUUCUUGAUUUGUUGUAAAUAAUUUUUUUUAACUGUGGAUUUUUAAAAAUUAUUUUGUAGUUACUUUUUUUUUGUAUUUGUGUGAAUUAGUUGAAUAAAAAAAAUUUUUUAAAUAAUUUUUUGAAUGAUUUAAAAAGGGUUUUUAUAAUCCUCUGUAUUUUAUGAAGAUGAGUGUUGUUUUGCUCUGGUGGACUCAAUGGCCGUAGGGCCCGGAACCAAUAGUGUAACUGUUCGGGGCUUUUUCUGGCGGUCCCCUUGACGCUUGGAAUGCCUUGUCUGUUCUGUGGUUUCAUUUUUGUUACAACAAAGAUUCUCAUAGAUGAGUGGGUGAACGAUUGUUGGCGUUCUGGAUGGCUUUAUGGAAGCAAAGGUUUGUGGAUGUUUGAGAAAAUUUUAAAUGUUUGUACUUCCUUUAAGGUUGUUUUUUGUUUAACUUUUUUAUUCAACUUUUCUCUCUACCCUCUUAAC